GCCACUGUUAUGUAUGAAACAACAGAGGUGUCACUGCUGACUGCAACUCGUUGACAUUCAACAGCACCAUCAGACAAACUUACACGGUGGUAAACAGGAGCAUUGGACGCGACAUGGCCUAACAGAUCCGUAUCACUUCAUCGGAAAACACCAGACGUCAAUCAUGCUGUUCAAUUCAGUCGUUAGAUCGCGUCCUCUGCACAGUUUGCUGGCGCAAUGGCGGCGCCAGGCAGUGGAGUCCACAUGCAAGAGGAACAUGUGCAACAAGCCAGUGGAGGGCGCCACCGAGGCCAAGGCCCCCACACCUCCCACACCUCCACCUGCACCAAGCACGUCACAUCUGGGCUUCAAAUUGCCUGGCUACCGGCCGUCAGACUUCGACAAGAAGAUACUGCUGUGGUCCGGCCGCUUCAAAACUCGCGAACAGAUCCCAGAAUUUAUCUCGUAUGAGAUGCUGGACGCGGCGAGGAACAGGAUGCGUGUGAAGGUGGCAUACGGCAUGAUGGCCGCCACCAUUAUGGCCUGCAUUGGCAUGGUCAUACUGGGCAAACAGGGGAUGAAGCAGCACGACUCCCUGACGGCGCGAAACAUGGAGAAGCACUCACGGUGGAGAGAGGAGGGCCAGAGGGAGAGGGAGGCAGCAGCAGCAGCAGCAGCAGCAGCAGCGGCGGCCAGUGCAGCAACCCUGGCUACGGAGAAGGCCCAGUGAGAAGAGGGGCACUCAUAACCACCACCACCAUGACACCCCUACACCUCUCAGUCCACCCAGAGAGGAGGGAGGCUCUCAUAA